CCCCGGCCUCCAGCCACUGGUCCCGAGAGUCACACUCCAGCCCUCCGCCGGCCGCCAGCCAGCCCCCGACGCGCACGCGCAUGGAGGGGCAAGCGAGCCCCCUGCGCCAAUCCCGCACCCGGCGCGCGGCGCCCGUGCUGUUCCGCGGCCCCGUGGAGCCCCUCGUCUUCCUGGGGAACUUUGCCUUGGUCCUGCAGAGUCCGAUCACCACGCAGUAUCUGUGGCAUCGCUUCAGCGUCGACCUCGGCUACAAUGGCACUCGCGACCGAGGGCACUGUGGAAACCAAACCGUGGACCCCAGGAUGACGGAAGUGGAAACCCUUACCUCCCACUGGACCCUGUACAUGAAUGUGGGCGGUUUCCUGGUGGAUCUCUUCUCGUCCACGUUGCUUGGAGCCUGGAGUGACCAGGUGGGCCGCCGCCCUCUGCUGGUGUUGGCCUCACUUGGCCUGCUGCUCCAAGCUGUGGUGUCCAUCUUUGUGGUGCAGCUGCAACUCCACGUCGGCUACUUUGUGCUAGGCCGCAUCCUUUGUGCUCUCCUCGGUGACUUCAGUGGGCUUUUGGCUGCUGGCUUUGCCUCCAUAGCCGAUGUCAGCUCUAAUCACAGCCGCACCUUCCGGAUGGCUCUGCUGGAAGCGUGCAUUGGCGUGGCUGGAAUGUUGGCAAGCCUCCUUGGUGGUCACUGGCUCCGGGCCCAGGGUUAUGCCAACCCCUUCUGGUUGGCCUUGGCCUUGCUAAUAGUCAUGACUCUAUAUGCAGCAUUCUGCUUUGGUGAGACCUUGAAAGAGCCAAAGUCCACCCGGCUAUUCACCCUCCGUCACCACAGAUCCAUCGUCCACCUCUACCUGUCUCCAGCCCCGGAGAAGUCCAGGAAGCAUUUAGCCCUAUACUCAUUGGCUUUCUUCGUGGUGAUCACUGUGCACUUUGGGGCUCAGGACAUCCUGACCAUCUAUGAGUUGAGCACACCCCUCUGCUGGGACUCCAAGCUGAUUGGCUAUGGUUCUGCAGCUCAGCACCUCCCCUACCUCACCAGCCUGCUGGGCCUGCGGCUCCUGCAGUGCUGCCUGGCAGACAGCUGGGUGGCUGAGAUUGGUCUAACCUUCAACAUUCUGGGGAUGGUGGUCUUUGCAUUUGCUACCAUCACAGCUCUCAUGUUCACAGGAUAUGGCUUGCUCUUUCUGUCGUUAGUCAUCACACCUAUCAUCCGGGCCAAACUCUCCAAGCUGGUGGGUGAGUCUGAGCAGGGUGCUCUCUUUUCCGCUAUGGCCUGUGUGAGCAGCUUGGCCAUGCUGGCAGCCUCCGGGAUCUUCAACUCACUCUAUCCAGCCACUCUGAACUUCUUGAAGGGCUUCCCCUUCCUCCUGGGAGCUGGUCUCCUCUUCAUCCCAGCCAUUUUGAUCGGGGUGCUGGAAAGGGCUAAUCCUCACUCUGAAUUCCAGAACAUUUCCUAGAACCCCUGAUCUGCCUGUGCCAAAGGACAGAGGGCAAGAGGAGCAGAAUGAACACACUGACUGCGAGUCUGCAUCUAGGAGCCAGCCCACAGCUGAGCUGCAGCUCCCCUCAGAGGGCAGCGCUUCUUAGACAAGGUGGUCAAGCUCAUUCAAGGUACCACCUGGUCCAGAACUGAGCCAGCCUCUGUCUAGAAUUUAGAAUCCCAAUCUGACAGGCCCACUCCAGGGCAGGCAGCAGGGGUCUGAUUACUUUUUAUGCCAUCCAUCACUUGGAACCCUUUAGGGGAGGAAUCCUGAUAGAAUGAGACCUCAGGGACCAAUGGAGUGUGUGUUCCUGAUGUGUACAGCAGCUGCCAAUCAUUCCUUAAUGAUGACUAUAUUAUCCAUUAGUGCCAGCCUUGGGGCGGUGCGGGAGGGGUUGGGAGAGCAUGGCUCCCCUAGAGAGAGAAUGCUACUGUCACUGUGGAUGGACUCAAUCCUUGACUACAACCUUUGCACCCCUGGGCUUAACUGUGCCAAUCACAAUAAAUUAAUUGAAUCAAACCAAAAGGAA